ACUACAACACAGUCAGGAUGAUGGCGGAUACGGGAAGCGAGGAGAUAGCGGUGAUUGGAAACACUGAUCUGACUCCUUCGGAGUUAGAAAACAACAUAAAAAACACGAUGGUUGAGAAGGGGACGACUCUUCUGAAGAGGAUGGAGAUCAGUGUGGCUGAGGCAGAGAAAAGGACAGGAAAAAAUGCAGUCAGCAUGCAAGAAACCUACACGGUUUACCUCAUUGAAACAAGGGCGGUGGAUGCUGCAUCUGAGGGAGCAAAUCCUGCUCCUGACUCUCUCUGGAGGCGCUACAGCGAGUUUGAGCUUCUCAGAAACUACUUGUUAGUCACCUAUCCAUUCGUAGUCGUUCCACCUUUGCCUGAAAAGCGGGCAGAAUUUGUGUGGCACAAACUAUCUGCAGACAACAUGGAUCCAGACUUUGUGGAAAGGCGACGAGUUGGGCUUGAGAACUUUCUGCUUCGGGUCGCCUCCCAUCCAGUUCUGUCUAAUGACAACAUCUUUUACUCCUUCUUGACUCAGGAACAAAGCUGGAAGGAAGUGGUGUUUGAGACAGGAUUUCAGGCAAAGGCAGAUUCAAGGUUGAAGGCUUUAAAUGCUACAUUCAGGGUGAAGAAUCCAGACAAGAGGUUUGCAGAAAUGAAGCACUAUGGAGACGAGCUCCAGUCUGUUAUAUCGCAGCUGCUGCGUGUGCGAGCUAGAGUGGCUGACCGUCUGUAUGGAGUCUACAAAGUUCAUGGGAAUUACGGCAGAGUCUUCAGUGAGUGGAGUGCCAUUGAGAAAGAGAUGGGUGAUGGAUUGCAGAGUGCUGGACAUCACAUGGAUGCGUAUGCUGCUUCUGUUGAUGACAUAUUGGAGGAGGAGGAGCACUACGCAGACCAGCUGAAGGAGUACCUUUUCUACACUGAGGCUCUAAGGGCAGUAUGCAGGAAACAUGAGCUUUGUCAGUUUGAACUAGAGAUGGCUGCCCAGGACUUGACCUCAAAGAAACAGCAGCGGGAGGAACUGGCUACUGGGACAGUACGGACCUUCUCUCUGAAGGGGAUGACCAGUAAGCUGUUUGGCCAGGAGACUCCUGAGCAAAGGGAGGCCAAACUGAAAACUCUAGAGACCCAGAUUGAAGAUGGAGAGGAGAUGGUGAAGGAGAAAAAUGCAGAGUGCGAAGAGUUUGUGAAGAAUGCUUGGGUGGACAUUGAGAGAUUCAAGGAGCAGAAAGACCGAGACCUUAAAGAAGCUCUCAUCAGUUAUGCUAUCAUGCAGAUCAGCAUGUGUAAAAAGGGAAUUCAAGUGUGGAGUAAUGCUAAAGAGUGCUUCAGCAAGAUGUGAGUUGUGCCUACGUCCCACUGCAUAACCAUGUGGUUGUACAGUCAGAGUAAGAGUGCUGGUCUGGGAUCAGUUUUUGCCUUUAAUUUCUUGAUGGACCAAACUGAUCCAAGAUGAGCACUCUCGCAGAGAUGUUCUACACGUAUGGGUCCAAAGCACAAUCUGAGAGUCAUUGAAAGCACCGUUGCCACAGAAGCACGUCCCUAAUCUUGACCUAAGAAGCUGAACUCUUCUUCAAAAUUCAGCAUUCUCCCAUACCGCAUCCACCAGGCAAAAGUAUCAAAACGUGCUUAAAAUACUAAAACAUUGCAGAGGUACAAUGUUGAUUGGAGAAAAUCUUAUUCUGUUUAUUUUAAGUCAUGUUGACUGGUCUGGAUUGAACUAUCUUUUCAUAAUAAAUGCGUAAACUGAAGCUUGGUUUGUGCUAGCUGUUGCACAAAGCAUUGUUGGAAUCACAUUUUUCAUUAACAACAUGAAUGUUAUUGAUGAAUGCCAAUCCUGGACAAAAAAACUUUUUUCUUUUUUCUUCCUAAAUUUGACAUUUGGAUUUUUUUUGUGUUUAAUGAUAUACUACUUAUGCCUUUUCAUGCAAAUAUCUGUGCUAAAAUCAUUCCUCUUUUGUAUAUUUUAUACUUCUUGAAGACAGCAGAACUUUGUCAAUGAUGUACCAAAUAAAAAGAAAAGCAUCUUCAGAUCCAGUUACAGUAGCAAUCAGUCAGCACCAGGAAACCUUAAAUGACUGGGAUUUUUUUUUAAACCAUUACAUUCUCACUGAACAUUUGGAGCACAUCUAUUUCAUUGAAACAUGAAAGUGUAGUUAUCUACACUUAGGACCUUAGUGGUCAAAUGUCCUCUGGAUGUAAAGCAUCCAGGAUUGUUCACAUCUGUAAGUGCAGCAUUCACAUGCUCAUACAGCUGAAAUCUCAUUUUUGUAUGUUCAUCAUAACAUACUGUACACUCAUCAUUAGCACCGUCUGCACGUUUCGCUGUGAAAUGCAAACUGUUUAUAACCACUGACCCACUCCCUUUAUGGUUCAAUUAAGUGGAAAAGCAUAAGCCUGCCGUUUAUGUCUAAUCCGAGACCUUGCGCUGCAUAUUUUCUUUGUGGCUGCAGCUUUCCCUAUGAAUGCCAGAUUUGUCAUUUGCGAUGAUGUGUGGGUGGGUCAGUGUUUUGAUAUAAAUCUGGCUGGAGGAACAGGAAGGUCACACAGGAAAAGCAGGAUAUAAUAAUUUCCUCAUUUAACAGUUGUGUGUGUUACUGAGCCUGGUCAGGCUCUACUGUUGGAUUCAUUUUUUUUUUGGUGGAUUACGAAGAUGACUUUUCACUACACAUAUAAGAGCCAAUUGUAUUAUAAUUGCUGUUUAAAACAAUUAUUGUGCAUACACUAAUAAAUUCAGAAUUUUCUAAUA